GUGGAUGUCGUGGUAACUAGUUUGACGAAGGUGGUAUAGUGGUGCUUCGAACGUUUUGGGUGGGAGAUACGCCCUUAUCCCUUUCCUAAACACUCUAAACAAUACACGGAAACUAACAUGCUAAAGCCUCGUAAUAAAUCCAAACUCACUUCACCAUGAUUCAAUCCACAACACUCUCAGAAAUCAACACAACAAACACCUGCUUACCGGGCGAUAUCCAAAUGCUCCUAACCAACAGCGUAACCUUACACGAACACACAAAAACAGCAAAUGAAAACACCCUCGCCCUUCUCUCGUUUCUAACAUCCCACCCGACAAUGAAAACAGUAAAACAGCCCUUCAGCCACCAAACAGCAGGGAUAUACAACUCCCUCCGCUAACCCACCGGCUACAGUGGUGAGACAAACACCAUAACCAUAAUCUUUUACAACCAGCCCCCCGCAGGAAUAUUCUACAUUGCGUGAAUGUGCGCAAGGGCAUGAGUUCCGGGACGAAUUUCACGAUCGCGCUUCCGUACGUUGUGUUUGCGAAUCCCUACACUAGAGAAAAAGUCGCGAAGUAUGUACCGGAGCAUGUUAUUGUGUUGGGUUGGGGAUGUUAAUUGUAUUGUGGGGAGGCGAGGGAGGUGUUGA